AUGCAUUUCCUCUCUAGUAACCCCCAGACUCUCACGAGCUUGGUCCUCUCAGUCAUUGCUGCUGUCAAGGCGCAGCAGUGCAGUCUACAGUUCGACGGUCGAGUGCCUGGAGCAUUCAGCGCCGCCACUUUCGAUACCCAAAACAACAUAUUCAGUCCCAAAAAUGUCUUCGGCCAGGGUUCGUCCUCUCUGUACUGCGUAGAUGUUGCUCGACUUGAUCAAGCUCCCUGCAGUUACCCCGUCGCUGGUGAGCAAAUCUUCUUCGACGAUCCGGUGCAAUACUCAUUGCUCCGGUCCUCUCUCCCUCUUUGUUUCAAGUGCAACAUCUCUGACGUGCCUUGGCGCGCUGCACAGUUCGAUGUCAACACGGUCCCCGUCGAGGUCACCAUCAGCGACCAGUCCAUCUUUGCUCCCAGUGCCAACAACGUCCAGACCGGCUUCCGGCGCGCAGAACUCCUCAUUGCUAGCAACACCGGCACCGAUGCUUCCACCACCGGCGUCAAGACCUUGCACUUCAGCCUCAUGAAGGACGCACAGCGGCCGCUGAACCUGUCUCACGAGUACCAGCUCGUCUUUCUCGAGAGCAACGACUUCAGCACCAACCAGAUCGUCCUGAAGACAGGCACCAUCUUGGGCCAGGCCACCGCCAACCCGGACACGCUCCAGCUCUUUGGCAAUGUCAAGCAGAAUCCUCCCCAAUUGCUUUUCAGCACCCCGUUCCGCCCCGGAGCCUUUCACAACUUUGCCGUCACCCUUGACUUUAAUGCCUUAAAUCCCCCAAAACAAAGAACGACACAAGUCUUCUUCUCGGCUGGGGCCAGCCCACUCCAGGCAGUCACCCAGGCCCUCAAGAAUGAUGUCAGCGGCCAGGGCCAGUUUCAUUUCGGUGUCCUGAAAAAGGGUCUAGACGGCGGCAAUGACAUCGUCAAGAACGGUGUGCAAGAAGCGGGCAUCAACGAAGGCAUCAUCUUUGGUGGCAUCUUCGAAGAGGACAGUUCAGCUGGCUGUGUGAGCUUGUCGCCCUAA